AUGCUACCAUCUAAUUUGGUAGAACUUCGCCCUAAUCGACGAUUAUUGGAUCAUGAAUUUGAAGGCUACAAGUUAAAUCUUAACGCUCUACCACAGCACGUUUUAGAACUUAUUUCAAAUGUAGACAGACUUUUUCCAGGUGAAGUGCAAUAUUCCUUUGUACAUGCUAAACUUUUUGCGCUACACAAUCAUUUAAUAGUCGACUACUGGGAUCAUGCGUUCAAUUUUUACUACAUUGAUAAAAACCAACAAGUUCGCAACACAUCCUUUGAAAGCAUAUCAAACACAUUCCAACAAGGUAUAGUUUAUGAUGUACCUGCUCAUGAAGAAAGGAAGUCUGGCCAUUUUAAUUUAUGCUUAAAUUUUGCUUCUUCUACCUUAGCUGUGAUAAGUGAUGGUACUGGAUAUUUACAUAUAGUAGAUACAGGUCUGCGCAAUAACCCUGUUACCAAAAAACAGAUGUGGUCCACAGCUUUUUCUUGUUUAGCACUGGGAUCUGGCACAUACUUCGUGAUUGUUGACACAAAAUUUCAAGCAAAUGAAAGUAAAGAAGUAUUACAUUGCUUAUUACAGUCUGUAGAACAAAAUGAUAAACAAUUCAAUUCAAUUCUCUCAUGGAUAACUUUUGAGAAUAAUGGUCAAUGCUGGAAACAGUCAGUUUUAAAACAGAUUCAAGGUAAGGGUAUUGUCCAUUAUUCUGCAAUUGAAACCAAUUGUUCCGCAGUAUAUAUAGCUUCAGACAAUACAUUUAAAUUUACAUUAGAUUCAGAAAGAGAAAUUGUAGAACCCCAACCAGAGCAACCAAGGCAAAUAAUUUAUACUUGGUUGCAAACCCCUGAUGAUGUAACAAUUACAUUGCAAUUAGAGAAUAAAUUUGAUAAGAAUCUCUUGCUUAUAAAUGUUUCUCCUGUGAGUAUAAAGAUAACUUAUGCUGGAAAAGACUUUGUAAAUGGGAAAUUGAAAAGUAAAAUUGAUAGUGAGUUAACAACAUGGAAUGUUCAGCAAAACGGUCAGGUGGAUGUCCUUAUUACUAAAUCAGAUAGUAUGAUUUGGGAAGAGCUGAUUGAUGGCGGGGACAAAAAUGGAGAGCAAAUUAUGGAUGCAUCUUUAGUUGAAGAGGCUCAUAGACGACUAAUGCAUUUGUGUGCUGAAACAGAAGUAGUUCCUGACAGAACUGUGCAAGGCUUAUCAACACAAGAAUUAGAGGAAUGUGAUGCAGCUUCUGAAGAGGAUACUGUUUUAGUUCGCUUAGAUGCUAGUAACCACACAACUACACAUAGAGUCCCUCUUAGUGUCCACCAAUUUCUGUUUAAUAUUAAAUUAGAAACAGAAGGAGUCCCAGCCCUCUGCCUACGUCAUGAUGUUGAUGCUUGUAUUUGGCAACCAUACCCUCACUUAAUUAAUACUGAUAUAUGGCCAGUGAAACAUCAAGGAACACUGAUGGCUUUUGGAUACAUACAAUCAUCUAAGCAAAAUCGAAAAUUUGUUACAUGUUCUCCUAACUUCUCAUAUGGCGUUGUCUGUGAAGCCACACGCCAUGUAUUUAUCUAUAAGAGUUCUAGUAAUGUUGGGUGCCAAUUGCGAAAACGGACAGAAGGAGCUAUGAAGAAUAUAAAAGUGGGUCAACAAUUUGUUAUUAAUGUUGAAAAGUAUGGUGAAGUUUUAGGUAUAAAUGCAACUAAUGAUUAUUUGUUUAUCUUAACAGAAAGUAAGCUGAUUGCUAUUGAAAUGAUGUAA